AUGCGAGUUCUGACUCUUCAGCUGCUGGCAGCAUGCCAUCUUGCCUAUGCAUCGCCAUGCAAGCCUUCUUCUUCAUCCAGCUCGGCCGCUUUGUCUACCACUUCCGCUGAAUCUACGUCUGUUCCCGCCAUUUCGUCUUCAACUGUCGCCGAUGAAACCGAGACAUCUACAACUUUGUUCACUGCGUCGACUGCUGUGUCCGAAACCGAGACAGCCACUGGCGAGACGGAGACGGAGACGGCUUCCGGCUCUACUACUGAGGCUGCUUCUGAUUCGGCUACUUCUACUAUCCUCAUCACCACUUCAAGUGCUGAGCCAACUACACUCGCUACAUCCUCCGCAGAACCUACAACCACGACUACCGCUGCUGCAGAACCUACCAAUAUCCUCACAAACCCUGGCUUCGAUUCAGGUACCACCGACCCCUGGAAGACACUUGAAGACCGUGGCCUGCUGUCCCUUUCCGAUACAGGUACCCACUCAGGGUUAUUCUCUGGCUACUUCACUGGGGAUCUUCCCGACGGUUCUGACAUCCUAGGCGUCGUGCAUCCCAUUGAGAAAACCUUGCUCAAGCCCAACACUGAGUAUCAUUAUUCUAUCUGGAUCAAGACUACCACGGCUUUUGACUGCCAGACACGAUUGAUUGCGUGUGGAGCUGGAGCCGGGUACAUUUCGAGCAGCGACUGGGCUGGGCCGUAUAAUGAGUGGACGCAGUUCACCAUGACCUGUGUCUGGGAUGAGUAUUUUUUGAACCUUGGGCCGAAUGUUCAGAUUCGGGCGGAGUGCGAGACGUUAGAGUUUUACGUUGAUGAUGCUGUUCUAAUUGAGGCGAACUAG